CGUCGGUAGGCGAUUAAAUUCCAUAUAACCUAAAAACACGAUAUUCAAAUGAAUGAUUAUUUGUAAACAAUUGCAACUGUACACUGAUACAAGCGAUGAUAUUGAAGAGGUUAAUUAUUCAUUUGAAAUAUCUACCAAAGAAAAAUGUACGAUUUUUCAAAAUGUGUAGUUCUCAAACUGAAAAGAGUUCCAAUGGAAAAAUAAAUCUUCAAUCAACGGAAAAAAAUUCGAAUGAUUUUAAUAAACAAGAUGCUCCUAGUGAAUGUUUAGAAAAGAAGAAAACGCCAAAGAUGAUGUAUCUUCUGAAUAAGAAAGGCGCCGAGCAAUUUGCUUCAAUAAUUGUUAAAGAGUUAUUAAAAAAUAAUGUACCUGUAUUAGAGAUGCAACCAGGAUUUGGAUUCUUGACACAAUUAUUACUAGACGCUGGUGUUCCUGAAAUUUACUUGUAUGAACAGAAAGAAAAAUUUAUUGAAACUUUAGAAGCAAUGUCCAAAAAAUAUUCCCAGCGAAUUCAUAUUAGGAAAUAUAAUUUAUUACAGCUACAUAAAAUAGGUUUUUUAGAUUUUAUAAAAGAUGAAGACACUCUAGGAAAAGUUUUUAGUGGAAUUGAAUUAGCCAAUGAUUUUAACAAACCUUCAUUUCAAAUCGUUGGUCCUAUGCCUAAUAUUCAAUUACCUAUAUUUCUCACAUCUUUAGAUCCAAAAAUUUCUUUUAAAUAUGAGCAUGUAGUUCUGUAUGUUGCAAUAUUACCAUCAGUGUCGAAGGUUUUCGAUGAUAUCCCUGGAAGUAAUUUUCACAAACCAAGAAAUAUCUAUUUACGAGUUAGAUUUAAAUAUAAAAUACUCGAUGCAAUGUCUCGAAAAUAUUUCUACCCUCAACCUAAUUGUUCAUCAAAGAAAAAGAAGAAUAAGGCAUCUUAUUGCAGAGACGAUGCGGACAAAGUGUAUGUAGUUAAGUUGGAAUCAAAUCAUGAUGAAGUUAAUCAAAAAUUCACCAAAGCAGAUUGGUAUCAUUUUGUUCAUUUCCUACGAAUGGGUAUGAAAAAUCGUCGAUCGCGGAUCAUACCAACUCUAGAGAAAUGGAUUCCAGGCUGUGGACCAAAUUUAAUUCAUCAUAAUUUUAAUAUUUACUCUACAUUUUCUGAAUUAACAUCUCCGGAGCUGUUGAAUUUAUUCAACAUCUUUCGAGCUUUACCUGGAUAUGAGUCAAGCUCUUUCAUGAGUAUAUUACAAUCAGGAAUGCCCAACUAUUCAGAAAUUUAUACAAUGAACUAAAUUAUCCAUGAAGGAAAAUUGUAAGUUAGUUGUAAAUAACUUCUAAAUGUACAUAAACUUAGAAAAAAGGGCUUUAUUGAUGGACUGUAAACUAUUGAUGAGUUUCUUAAAUUUUAUAUGAAUUUAUAUUAAAUGUUAUUUAAUCUAAAAAUGAUAAAUUUUUUUAUAAAAUAUUUUUAAAGCUGUGCUGGUGUAUUCAUUGGUUUUUAUCAUAUAAUGACUAAAUUUCUCAUAGUAUUUUAAUGGUCAGACGUGAACUUUAGUCUUGGAAAUUAUAAGUUAAUGGAGAUGGAAACAUUCUGGACAAUAUAUACAUAUAUAUAUACAUACACAUCUCAUCACACUGUGAAUAUCGUUGAAGAGCUAAGAUUCAGUCAGGAAUAAUUUUUUUAAUAACCGCAAGAUGAUUUUUGUGUAUAUUUUAUUCAUUUUGAUGCCUAGUGAUGCUGUUCGUCAAUUACUACAUCAAUCAAUGGAGGUCAGAAUGAAAAAAGAGUGUUCAAUAAAUAUGACAAUUGUCGAAGAAAAUGGGGAAAUUGAAUGUGAGUGUGUUUCUGGAUACCUUUACUAUCCACCUCUAGAUAGGUGUUUCAAACCAUACUCCAGAGGACCAU